CAUCGCUGUCACCCGAGAACACGCACAGCAAAGAUGGCGGCCUUCAGUGUGGCUCGGAGCAGCUGCGGACUCAUAAACGGUUUGAGGGUCUCUUUCAGGAGUUUGGCGCAAGUAAAAUAUGGCGCAGUGUCUGCAUCGUUGCCUCAGACGACUGUGCACCGGGACUGCCGCUGGUACUCGGUCAGCCACCUGUCCGUUAGGGAGAGGAUCGAGAAGAAACGGAAGGCGGCGCUAAUCGGGGGAGGUCAGAAGAGAAUAGAUGCACAACACAAAAGGGGUAAGCUAACGGCCAGGGAGCGAGUGGAACUCCUGCUCGACCCAGAGUCCUUUGUGGAGUCGGACAUGUUUGUGGAACAUCGCUGCUCAGACUUCGGCAUGGAGGAGGACAGAAACAAGUUCCCAGGUGACAGCGUGGUGACGGGCCGUGGCAGGAUCAACGGCAGGCUGGUUUAUGUAUUCAGUCAGGACUUCACAGUGUUUGGUGGCAGUCUGUCUGGAGCUCAUGCUCAGAAGAUCUGCAAGAUUAUGGAUCAGGCCAUGACAGUCGGGGCCCCCGUCAUCGGACUGAACGACUCAGGAGGAGCUCGAAUCCAGGAAGGAGUCGAGUCUCUGGCUGGAUACGCAGAUAUAUUCCUGAGGAAUGUAAUGGCUUCAGGAGUCGUCCCUCAGAUAUCCCUCAUCAUGGGGCCCUGUGCAGGAGGAGCUGUCUACUCCCCCGCCCUCACAGAUUUCACUUUCAUGGUGAAGGACACAUCAUACCUGUUCAUCACAGGACCUGACGUCGUGAAGUCUGUUACCAACGAAGAUGUGACUCAAGAGGAGCUUGGUGGAGCCAAAACUCACACAACCGUGUCUGGUGUGGCCCAUCAUGCAUUUGAGAAUGACGUCGAUGCUUUGCUCAACCUGCGAGAGUUCUUCAACUUCCUGCCACUUAGCAAUCAAGAUCCCGCCCCCAUCAGGGAGAGCCACGACCCCAGCGAUCGUCUGGUACCUUCUUUGGACACUAUUGUCCCGUUUGAGUCAACUAAAGCUUAUGACAUGUUGGACAUCAUUCAAGCAAUCGUGGAUGAGGCGGACUUCUUUGAGAUCAUGCCCAACUACGCCAAAAACAUUGUGGUGGGAUUUGCCCGUAUGAAUGGACGCACUGUGGGCAUUGUGGGUAACCAGCCCAAAGUAGCUUCUGGAUGUUUGGACAUCAACUCCUCAGUGAAGGGAGCUCGCUUUGUUCGCUUCUGUGACGCUUUUAACAUUCCCAUCAUCACCUUCGUGGAUGUGCCGGGUUUCCUGCCAGGAACAGCUCAGGAGUAUGGAGGCAUCAUCAGACACGGAGCCAAACUGUUGUUUGCCUUUGCAGAGGCCACCGUCCCAAAAAUAACCAUCAUCACCAGAAAGGCUUACGGAGGAGCCUAUGACGUGAUGAGCUCCAAACACUUGAGAGGAGAUGUGAACUACGCCUGGCCUACAGCUGAGGUCGCCGUCAUGGGUGCCAAGGGUGCUGUUCAGAUUAUCUUCAGAGGAAAAGAAAACCAGGCAGAAGCAGAGGCUGAAUAUGUGGACAAGUUCGCCAACCCCUUCCCAGCUGCCGUCAGAGGUUUCGUGGAUGACAUCAUCGAGCCGGCGACCACUCGCAAGAAGAUCUGUAGCGAUCUGGAGGUGCUGGCCAGCAAAAAGCAGGUCAACCCCUGGAAGAAGCACGCCAACAUUCCUCUGUGAAAGACACCCACACCACCUCAACACUAUCUAAAGGCACUUGCUGUGGGAUUUAGCUUGUUUUGAGUCAUUCGGAUUAACUGCUGCAGUACCACGAGGCGAUGACUUUGGGAGCCGGCCAAGCAGAUGUUAGCUUCUCCUUGCUGUUUACCACUCCACUGAAAGCAGCAAGACAAGAUCACUCCCUGAUUUGUUCCCCAUCCACACCUCACUGCUUAGGUUUCAAAUGAUUUUUUUUUUUUAGUUUUGGAGGAAAUGUUGGUUCCCUGUAACCAAAAUCGGGACGUGCAUCUUUACAUCUUUAUUAAUGAUAUGCAAUGUGUUUAUACGAAAAUCCUAAAACUUGUCAAAUGACCUGAAUUGAAUACUCCCAUAGUCACACGUGAUGUCAGGAGUGGCCAUAUUGGUCACUGCUGUUGAUAUAAUUUUAUAAAACAAAAGGCAAUCUGAAGAACACAGGCAACUGUCAAGAUGAUAGUUUUAGUAGAAGAUGUGAACCUACUGUCGUCUGUUGUCGUGCACAGUGUUUCCAAAGUAAAGGUACUGUAUUUAGUUGUUGUUUUUUACAGUGCAGUGCUUUCAAACACACUUGCUGUGUUUGAUGUCCUCCGUGUAGGUCAAGAAAAAGUAAUUUUCACAAACUGGAACUGUGCCUUCUCUCUCUGGCAGCCUCCGUUCUGCCUUCUGUAAAAUAAAUCAUGUACUCAAUA